AUGUCGCCUGCUCCGGCCCGGCCGUUGGAAGGCAAGAUUGGCAUCGUGACCGGCGGUUCACGCGGUAUCGGCGAAGCAAUUGCACGAAACUUGGCCGCAAAAGGCUGCUCUCUGCUUCUCAACUUCACCUCCGAGUCCUCCCGUGCCCCCACCGAGGAGCUAUGCACUUCGCUGGCCGCGACACACGCGAUCCGGUGUGAGAGCGUGCAAGCCGAUCUGAGCCAGCCCGAGACCGCCGUGUCGGCCAUCGUGAGCGCUGCGAAGAAGCAUUUCAGCUCGGGCAAUAAACUACAGGUCGAUAUUCUCAUCAACAACGCGGGCGUAUCGCAGGAUCGCAACCUCAACGACGCUGCCAAGGGCCCCAUCGCCGCCGAACAUUUCAACUGGCACUACACCAUCAACGUCCUCGCCCCACUCCUCCUCACACAAGUCAUAGCCCCUUUCCUCCCCACCGACCGCAGCGGUCGCAUCGUGAACAUCUCGAGCGUCUCGUCCUCUAUGGGUUUCGUGGGACAGUCCAUGUAUGGUGGUACCAAGGCGGCCCUCGAGGCCAUGACCCGGACCUGGGCCCGCGAGCUGGCGGACCGCGCCACCGUUAAUGCCGUCAACCCCGGCCCAGUGAUUGGUGACAUGUACUUCAAGGCAGGAGAGGACUUCUGGAAGGAUAUCCAGGGAUUCCAAGACAAUACGCCCAUGAGCAAGCUGGACGAGUCCGACGCGGAGACGAUGGGGCGCUUGACCGAAGAGCAGGCUCGUCUGAUCAAGGAUAAGAUGGGUGGUCGGCGUCCAGCCUUCACAAGUGAGAUUGCCGGGGUGGUGUGUAUGCUCUGCACCCCCGACGGAGGUCAUUGCACUGGGAGUGUCAUCUGUGCGAAUGGUGGGAUGAGGAUGGGCCUGUAG